AUGGGUUAUGCGACACUUGACACAGCAUUAUCUUUCUCUAGCGAUGACGAAUAUGAUAACAUAAAAAAUAUUCCUCCUUCAGGCUCAUCAAUUUUGAUUAAAGAUACAAUCGGAGCCGAAGGCGGAUUUUUAAUUCAUCACUUUUUGGUUAAUCAACUGAAAGCGGAAAAACAUGCGGUGUUGGUUAGUUUAGCGCAAACUAUGCAACAUUAUGCUACUAUUGGACGAAAGCUGGGUAUAAAUCUUCAAAUAGCCCAGCAGAAAGGCACAUUUUCAUAUAUCGAUGGAUUGACUCAUUUAUAUACAACCGCACCAUCAUCUUCUAAUGAUUCAACAAUAAACCCACCGUCUACUAUUUCGACUAAUUUAAGACAACAAUCACUAAUUUCAGAUGCUUUUCUAACAAACUGUGAUUCUUCCUCCUCUCUAUCGUCUCCAUCACUUUCACAUAUCUAUUCAACAAUAAAAUCCGUGAUUACCACGCGUCAUAAUAUUCCAGGUUCCCGACUGGCAUUGAUCAUUGAUGAUUUGUCAGCGUUACUAUAUGCUGGAUGUAAUGUAUGCAACUUGAUAGAGUUUUUUAAAGCUUGUCGGUUGCUAUGUCAGAAGCAAAAAGGAUCACUGAUAACUCUAAUUCACGCUGACGAAGCAAUGGAUGCGAUAAUUUCCUCAGCAGACGAAGAAAAUGCCCGACAAGAGGACCUGUUUAUCAAGUCACUUCAAUAUCAAUCUGAAUAUAUUCUUGCAGUGCGGGGUUUAGGAUCUGGAUUUUCAAGGGAUGUUUCAGGGGAGAUUACAUUGGCAAGAGGGCCACAAAAUUAUGAUCUCGAGUACAGGCCGACCACAUUACAAUACAAAAUUCUCGAUAAUAAUGUUCAAUUUUUUGCAAGAGGGUUUUCUCAGGGUGUUUUAUGA